AUCUUUCACCUAUAUUAUUGCCACCAAAUACGAACACUAAAGGAAAAGAGAGAGAGAGAGAGAGAGAUAGAUUGAUAUGGGUGAAGAAAUAGUGAAGAGAGCUCUAAACAGCUUAGGUAGAGGAUUCGACUUAACUUCAGAUUUCAGGCUCAAUUUUUGCAAAGGCAAAGGAAGAUUGGUCCGUCUCAAUGAAUCACAAAAAACACAACUUCAAGUCCCUGGUUUUGGCACCUUCAAUGAUGUCUCAAUUGAUAUCAAAUGUGACAAAGGCGAUCGAACUAGAUAUCAAUCUGACAUCCUCAGCUUCAAUCAGAUGUCAGAAUUUUUCAACCAAAGUUCUAAAGUUCCUGGGAAAAUCCCAUCUGGUUGUUUCAAUGCCAUGUUUGGUUUCCAAAGUGGUUCGUGGGCAACUGAUGCAGGGAAUACUAAGUUCUUGGGUCUUGAUGGUUUCUUUAUCACACUAUUCAAUGUUCAUAUUGAUCGAUACCCACUCGCUCUCUCCGAUGAAGUUCGUGAUGCAGUUCCGACAGCAUGGGAUCCCUGUGCUCUUGCCAGAUUCAUUGAGAAAUAUGGGACCCACAUAAUUGUGGGGUUAAGCAUUGGUGGCCAAGAUGUAGUGUUAGUUAAGCAGGAUACGUCUUCGGAGUUGGGGCCAACAGAGCUCAAAAAUCACUUGGAUAAGCUUGGAGAUCAGCUGUUUACUGGGACAUGCAAUUUCUCCCCGCUGAACUCCAAACCUAAAGAGAAGGCACCGCAGGCUUUCAAUGUCUUUGUUACCCAACCUGUUGCUUUCAAUAGCUUCUCAUCCGUCAAUACAAAAGAUGGAAUCACUGUUAUAUGUUACAAGAAGGGAGGUGAUCCAUCGGUCUCAAGCCAUUGCGAGUGGCUUUUAACAGUUCCAUCAAUGCCAGACGCAAUUCAGUUCAGCUUCAUCCCCAUAACUUCUCUCCUUAGAGGUGUUCCUGGCAAAGGUUUUUUAUCCCAUGCCAUCAACCUCUAUCUUCGAUAUAAACCUCCUAUCAGUGAUUUACAGUACUUUCUUGACUUCCAAUCACACAAGAUUUGGGCUCCCAUUCACAACGACCUCCCACUGUCUUCUGUCACAAAUAGGGCUGCUCCAUCAUCGAUCCUCCACUUUAACUUGAUGGGUCCUAAGCUAUAUGUAAACCCUAAUCAGGUUACCGUUGGGAAGAGACCUGUCACAGGGAUGCGCUUGUAUCUAGAGGGCAUGAAAUGCAACAGGUUGGCCAUACAUUUGCAACAUCUAUCAAAUACUCCAAUGAUGCUUGAUAACAAGAUAGAUGAAACAUCAAUAUGGCGAGGAUCAGAAGAUAUUGCCGAUGAUCGAUACUUUGAAGCAAUACACAGAAAAAAGUUUUCCCAUAUAAGCACAGCGCCAGUUAAAUAUGACUCUGGUUGGACCUCUAACGAGGAUGUUGCCUUUAUUGUUACAGGAGCUCAACUUCUUGUAAAGAAACACGACUCAAAAAAUGUUCUUCAUCUUAGGCUCUUGUUCUCUAAGGUGUCGGAUGCUUUCAUUGUGCAAUCAAGUUGGACACAAGUAUCUUCUGGGUUUUCCCAAAAGUCCGGUCUUUUCUCUGCUAUAAGUACUUCGAUUUCGGGCAGCCCGUUGAAAGAGAAACAACCAGCUGUGGUGGUGGAUUCUGGUGUGUUUCCUACAGGGCCUCCAGUGUCAGUACAAGCACAAAAGCUUCUAAAAUUUAUAGAUAUGUCACAGUUAUGUAAAGGUCCACAGGAUAGUCCUGGGCAUUGGUUAGUCACUGGAGCAAGGCUGCAAUUGGAGAAGGGUAAGAUAUGUUUACACGUUAAGUUCUCGUUAUUGAACAUUUGUUCAUGACAAAAGAAGAUAUAAUCAAAUUAAGAGGAAAACACAUCCAAUUUUACACUCAAUUUUACAACAUGCUGAAGUAGUCGAUUGUUAACGGUAAAUAAUAAGUGAUAGGUCUAUAUAAACAGUAAACAUUAGUGGGCAAAUAAUCUUGACUUCUCACAAUUGACCUUAUCAGCAUGUUGUGAAAUUGAAUAUAAAAUUGGGUGUAUCUUAGAUUUAUUCGGAUAAAAGUUUAUGUGGGAAUGAGAUUAGAAGCCUAAUUACAACAAUUGUAGUGUCACGUGAGUAGGAAAGUGGAACACUAUACCUUCAAUGUCCUCAUCAAAAAGAAAUGCAAGUAAUGUAACAUGUACAAAAGUACAAGGUACAUGCUUUCUUAAAGUAGAGGCCCCCGUGGUUGUCACACCCAUUGCAAACUAAGCUUGUAUAGAAAUUCGAUAGUCUUCGGCCAAAUUGUGAACACAUUUAAUUAUGUGAAACACUGACAAUCAUUACGGUACAUUCUUAUUAUUUUUUGGUUCUUUUUU